AUGGAUCCGGCACUCCCACGGUUUAUGACGCGUAUGAUUCUAUCUACCACUCCGCAGCAAGCCUUCGAACAAGUAGACGAACUUAUCCUGCAGGCUUCAGGUCUGCGGGAACAGGCCAAAGAGCUCCAAGAACAGAUCGACUUUCUCAACGAUCGAGCCGACUGCCUGACCGCAACCGCCGAAGGGCUUCAGGAAAUCGCAGAGCAAGACCGCGACGCAAUACAGACCAUGUUUGAGAGGUCACUCUGCGUUUACAAGCACAUGUACGCGGUUUACGUUUCCGCUCCCCGAAAAGAAGCACGUUUCAAUGACAUCAGAACACGCUCGGAGGACGGUAUGGUGACUAUGGAAGAGAUGGAGGCGUUCCUUGAAGAUGUAUACCAGCACUUUCUCAUUGCGUCGGAACGAGUACAGAGAUCAGCCGCGCCCGAGCCCGAAAGUCCACCAAGUACUUUGGAUACACAGUCUUCCGUAGGACAAGCUCAAAACCAGUCGGAACCGGAGUUGGCAACCAACCGAGGUCAGAAACGAAAGUUGUCCGCCUUUCAAGAGGAAGAUGAGAGUGUCGCAGAUGCGGACUCGGAAGGAUCCAACAAUGUCGUUGACAAUAUGGUGUCGGAUGACGAGGCUUCCUCCUCGGACGAAGACGACGAAGACGAAUCGGACAACAAUGCUGAAACAAAUGGAAAAACCAGAGCUGGGGCCACAAUACACGUGGAAGAGAGCUCAGAUGAAGGAACGGAGUCGGCAAGUGACGACGAUUCCGACGACGAAAAUGCCGAUUCCGAGGCGACCGGAUCAUCUGUUGAAGAGACAGAAUCAGUCGCAUCUACGGGCUCUCACACGGCCGUCAACGAAACCGAACCAACUACUAAGAACUAUUCUGGUCGAUGCUCAACCAACAGCAUCCAAUCUCUUUCGUCCUCCACCUCGAGCAGCCUCACGCUGCCUCAUUCGGCUUCGGCAGACAUGAAGACGGGUCGUUCGUUCCAAGGAGAACAUCAUCAAAAGAAUAUGACCAUGGAUGGAGGCAAGAACAAAGUCGCAAAGAAAGUCCUCCCCAGAUAG